GUUGCCUGAGACCUCCCUGCCUCGGCCAAGCUCACAUGGGGCUCUGCACUGGAGGGUUGCGGGUGUCGCCUCCGCCAUGCAGUUUCCACUAUCAAUAAUUUAACUUCUCCGCGGCGGCCCAGGAGUACAGACCGGGCUCCCGAGACCCGCCCCCUUCCCUGCUUUUUUUUUUUUUUUUUUACCUAAAGGGAAGGUGAAAAAUAUUCAGAGUCUGGGAGUUUGGGGCCGAAGUCUCCCCGGCGCCGCUGCCUUGAUGUUUACUUUGACGAGUCGAGGCUGAAAGUUCCACCAGGUGAGAAGAGUGAUGACCAUCCUUCUCCUUACUAUGGUUAUUUCGUACUUCGGUUGCAUGAAGGCCGCCCCCAUGAAAGAAGCCAGCGUCCGAGGCCCAGGCAGCUUGGCCUACCCCGGCGUGCGGACCCACGGGGCUCUGGAGAGUGCGACCGGGCCCAAGGUGGGCGCCCGGGGCCUGACGUCCUCAUCGCUGGCCGACACUUUUGAGCACGUGAUCGAGGAGCUGUUGGACGAAGACCAGAAAGUCAGGCCCCACGAGGAGAACACGAAGGACGCGGACUUGUACACUUCCAGGGUGAUGCUGAGCAGCCAAGUGCCUUUGGAGCCCCCCCUGCUCUUCCUGCUCGAGGAGUACAAAAAUUACCUGGACGCUGCCAAUAUGUCCAUGCGGGUCCGGCGCCACUCCGACCCUGCCCGCCGUGGGGAGCUGAGCGUGUGUGACAGCAUCAGCGAGUGGGUCACUGCCGCGGAUAAAAAGACUGCAGUGGACAUGUCCGGCGGGACGGUCACAGUCCUGGAAAAGGUCCCCGUGUCCAAAGGCCAGCUGAAGCAAUACUUCUACGAGACCAAGUGCAAUCCCAUGGGCUACACCAAGGAAGGGUGCAGAGGCAUAGACAAAAGGCACUGGAACUCGCAGUGCCGAACUACCCAGUCCUAUGUGCGGGCCCUCACCAUGGAUAGCAAAAAGCGGAUUGGCUGGCGGUUCAUCAGGAUAGACACUUCCUGUGUAUGUACACUGACCAUUAAGAGGGGAAGAUAGUGGCUUUAUGUUGUAUAGAUUAUAUUGAGACAGAAAUUAUCUAUUUGUAUAUAUACAUAACAGGGUAAAUUAUUCAGUUAAGAAAAAAAUAAUUUUAUGAACUGCAUGUAUAAAUGAAGUUUAUACAGUACAGUGGUUCUACAAUCUAUUUAUUGGACAUAUCCAUGACCAGAAAGAAAACAGUCAUUUGCGCACAACUUUAAACAAAAAUCUGCAUUUCAUUCCUCGAUAAUGUUGUGGUUUGUUGCCGUUGCCAAGAAUCAAACAUAAAAAGUUUAAAAAAAAAUACUAAUAAAUUGCAUGCUGCUUUAAUUGUGAAUUGAUAAUAAACUGUCCUCUUUCAGAAAACAGACAAAAAAAAAAAAAAGACAAAAACAAAAAUUUGAACCAAAACAUUCCGUUUACAUUUUAGACAGUAAGUAUCUCCGUUCUCUUGUUAGUACUCUUGUCUGUUUUACUGCUUUUAACUUCUGAUAGCAUUGGAAUUAAAACAAUGUCAAGGUGCUGUUGUCAUUGCUUUACUGGCUUAGGGGAUGGGACGGGAGGGGAAUCUUUUUGUUUGUUUUGUGUUUUUUUUUUCUGUUUGUUUGUUUGUUUUAUUUUACUUUAUUAUUAUUUUUUUGAGUUCCCACAGGGAGUAGGGUUGGGGAAAGAGUUCUUCUACCCGUUCUGGUUGAUCAAAGAUACCUUUCUAUGUUGUGAAGACGUUUGCAGUAUCAAUCAGAUAACUGGAAAGGAAUAAAAACAAAGGCAACAGAACCCGACGCCUACCCUGCAUCUCCCAAGAGACACCUCCUGGGUCCCUCUCCAGACCUGGGAGAGCUGCUUGAUCCCAAAGACCCCUCUCUUUGCUCAGGCAAUUCUUCCCUUCCUCCCCCUUUGGCCCCCGUCUGUUUCGCUUUUAACUUAAGGAAGAAAGUUCAGUCGCGCGCUUUGAAAGCUUCCACCACUUUUGUGAACAAGAUGUGUCACAUCACGGCACGCAUGGAAAAUGGUGAUUUAUUAUUUUUUUUAGAAGAGAAAAAGAACAAUAAGAAAUAACCCCCAAAGAAGUAUUUUUUUACAAAGGGUCAUUUGGGUAAAUCAUGGUAAUGCUUUAAAAAUCACGAUUAAGUUUCACAGUGUCCUGCCAGGGAAAGAGAGAGCUCCAUAUAAACCCAGGGACACAUAGGUCACAGCAGGACUCUGCAUUGCCGGUGACAUGAGAUGGAAUGGCCUCAGAGGCCAGCAGAGCUGACAUACUGGUUCCUGGCAGUGCAGGAGGAAUUUCUGAGUGGCCACCCUGAGGUCCAGGUGGAGGUGGGGGAGGGUACUCGAGACAUUCCUACAGGAGCACCCUCCAGAGGUGGCCCCGGAGUGACCCCUGUCAAGUUGCUGGGACCUCGUGCUUUAAGUGCCUACAUUACCUAACUGUGCUCGAGUGGUUCUCAGCCGGAGGAUCACGCCCAAGCGGACUUCUGGUCUCCACCCCAUCCUGGAUCAUUGUGCAGGAAGUUGGAGGAUUCGCCUGGAGCAGGUUCGGAGCCAAGGUGGAGUUUUGUGAUCAGGAGCUCAGUCCACUGAGAUCAAAGACGUUUACUGCAAGAACACUUCCUUGCUUUGCACCUAGACUGAGGAAACCAGGGUUUUGUCUGUUGAGAACUUUUGGGCAAAGGAAAAAGAACAGGAAAAGAUCUCAGGCUUUCAAAAGAUCAAGGCCUGAAAGGAUAGGAAUCUUGUCCAGAGACAAGACUUGGGAAAAUGCCUUGCUCUGCAGAUGAGGCCAGGACAGAGGACAAUGCCUUGGUCCCAGGUGAUGUCCACAGCGGCACCUGGCCAUUCUGUCUGGUGAUGGCCCCUGCUUCCCUUGCCCUGGGGUUAGGAGAAGUGGAGUUGGGAGCUAGGCAGUGCUGCUGGGAGGAAGGGACCCCAGUAAAAGCUCGUGCUAAGCCGUUUUACCCAUUCACCCCAAACCUGACACUGUUAGUGGCUGGACCCGUGUCCUGGAGCCCCAGACCGAGCUUCAAGCAAUUGCUGUGUCUUAGGAGGGUGAGGAGUAAGGGAAAGCAGGUGUUCCCAGGGGACCGGGAGGGGGGAAAGAGUCCGCCAGCAACAAUUUCUGUUUGUUCAGUCUUUCAUGUAGAGCUAGCCUCUCCUUUUAUGGUUCCACCUGAAUACCUGUCUUGGGAAGCCUUUAUGUAGUAUAGGUUUGUUUUGUGCUGUUUGACGAUUACAAUAUUGGUCAUUAUUUUUAACCUGUAGGAAUGCUUGGAAUAUCUGCUCUCUGUUCACUUUCUGCAGCUUCCUUCUGAGGAACAACAUUUACAAACCAAACAAAGUCACCAUUGCAGUCUUAAAAGUAUUAUAAGGACCAAAUCUGUGACGUGGUUUUGUGGUAGACGUCCAGCGGCGAUGUGGUCCAUGGCUGUUGCUAACAAGACACAUCACAGUCACACGCUUGGUGAUUUAUGUUGACCUAUGAUUUAUUUUGUUAAAAUCUCUGUUGCUGUUCGUUCUUGUUCUGUUCUGUUCUGUUUUUGCUGUGGUCUCUUCGUGGCAGUGUUUUUAUGCAUGGCAACAGGCUUGUUGCUUUUUUAUGGUGAUUCCCAUUGAAAAUGUAAGUAAAUGUCUGUGGCCUUGUUCUCUCUAUGGUAAAGAUAUUAUUCACCAUGUAAAACAAGAAAAAAAUAUUUAUUGUAUUUUAGUAUAUUUAUAUAAUUAUGUUAUUGAAAAAAAUUGGCAUUAAAACUUAACCGCAUCAGAAGCCUAUUGUAAAUACAAGUUCUAUUUAAGUGUACCAAUCAACAUAUAAUAUAUGUUUUAAAUAUAGAAUUUUUAAUGUUUUUAAAUAUAUUUUCAAAGUACAUAAAA